AAACUGUUUGAAUGCUCAGAGUGUGAAAAGAGAUUCAGUACACGUAGCCAUCUUCAAGUGCAUCAAAGAAACCAUACAGGGGAGAAACCGUUUGAAUGCUCAGAGUGUGGGAAGAGAUUCACUACACAUAGCCAUCUUCAAUAUCAUCUAAGAACCCACACAGGGGAGAAACCUUUUGAAUGCUCAGAGUGUGGAAAGAAAUUCAGUCAGAGUAGCCAUCUUCAGGACCAUAAAAGAACUCACACAAAGGAGAAACCUUUUGAAUGCUCAGAGUGUGGAAAGAGAUUCAAUAGGAGAAGCUAUCUUCAAGAACAUAAAAAAACCCACAGAGGGGAGAAACCAUUUGAAUGCUUAGAGUGUGGAAAGAAAUUCUACAUGAGUGGCAGUUUUAGGCUGCAUAAAAGAACCCACACAGUGGGGAAACUGUUUGAAUGCUCAGAGUGUGGAAAGGGAUUCAGUCAGAGUAGCAGUCUUCAACGGCAUAAAAAGAGCCACACAGGGGAGAAACCAUUUGAAUGUUCAGAGUGUGGAAAGAGAUUCAGUCGGAGUAGCAGUCUGCAAGAUCAUAAAAGAACCCACACAGGGGAGAAACCUUUUGAUUGUUCAGAGUGU